AUGUGUUGCACUAAGGCAAAGAAUGGUCAUAUAUUACACACAGAACCAACCACAACUGAAGCCCCUACCACUACUGAAGCUCCAACCACUACUGAAGCUCCAACCACAACUGAAGCCCCAACUACUACACCGGAACCCCCAACUACUACACCGGAACCUACAAGCGCACCGGAACCUACAACCACUACACCGGAACCUACAACCACCACACCAGAACCUACAACCACACCAGAACCUACAACCACACCAGAACCUACAACCACACCAGAACCUACAACCACAACAGAAACAACAACAACAAUUAUUACAACAACGCCAACUGAAACCACCACAACUGAGACUACAACCACAGAAAUAAUUACAACAACCACCAUUACUACUACGACUACAGAAACUACAACUACUACUGAAGCACCAUGUAAUCUGAACCUCGGGAUGGAGGACGGAUUGGAAGUUACAUUCCGAUUGCACGAUGGUCAGGACUCACCAUCAGAUGAACCAUGGUACCCAUCCUUAUCUGAAGAUCAUGAAUCUCUUACUAUUGUAUUCGACCAUGAGACAAUUGUAAAGAAAAUUAAGAUUGUUGAAAUGGAAAGUGAAGUCACAGAAUUGACUGCAGAAGUGGGUGUCUACAAUGACGAAACUCAAGACUUUGUCAUGAUAAGUGAGGGAGACGAAUCUGAAAGGUAUGUGGUUGAAAAGGUGGAUCCAGUUACGUUCAGGGAUAUUGACUUGCCAGAAGAUUUGGAACCAACACAACAAAUCAUUCUCCAUCUCAUUGAGUUAGAUGGAUCUGCUGCCGAUCCUUCAUUUAGGAUUGAAGUCUAUGGUUGUUACUUGAAUGAGCCAACUACAGUAAUAACUACCACUGUAAUUACAACCACAACUGAGGAACCAACAACCACAACCGAGGAACCAACAACAACAACCGAGGAACCAACAACCACAACCGAGGAACCAACAACCACAACUGAGGAACCAACAACCACAACCGAAGAACCAACAACCACAACCGAGGAACCAACAACCACAACCGAGGAACCAACCACAACCGAGGAACCAACAACCACAACCGAGGAACCAACCACAACCGAGGAACCAACAACCACAACCGAGGAACCACCCACAACCGAGGAGCCAACCACAACCGAGGAACCAACAACUGAGGAACCUACCACAACCGAGGAAUCAACAACUGAGGAACCUACCACCACCAUAGUAACAAUUUGGUCAACAACAUCUCCAUCAUCCACAGUAUCAACAGAGAGAACUGUUUCUAGUACUACACAAACAAUACAAACUACUACACAGACACCAGAAGAGACCACAAUAGUUACAGUUACAGCCACAGAACAACAUUGUGAUGAUGUUCUUGGUAUGAAUGAUGUCAUAAUUGGAGAGAGAUCUACAUAUGAUGAUGAUACUGGAUCUGGUACAAGGAUUGGCGAAGAAGACCCAUGGCUAGUACAUGCAGAUGAUAUAACUUCUGAACCCUGGGUUGAGAUUGAUUUUGAUGAUCCAGUUACUGUCAAUAAAGUACUAGUCCAACCAUAUAUAGAUUAUUCAGCCACUCAAAUUGAAAUUGAAUAUCGCAUACCAGAAACGGAAGUAUUUGUACCAGUAACUGAUGUUGGCACAUCAGAUCCAAAGCUUUUUGGACUAUCCGAUUAUCCAACUAGUGAUGAAUAUGGCACAAAUGUUGUUAACGUGGUACUUCCUGAAGGUAUUGCAGCAACGUCUGCCAUCAGGAUCAAAGCCGUUAACUGGGCAGAACCUGGCAUUAGUAUACGUUUCGAUGUAGUAGGAUGUGCUGCUGAAGUCACCACUACAUCGGUAGUAACCACUCGCUUAACCCCAACAUUAAUAGAAACCACCACAACAACUGUAUCUCCAACAACACCAUCUGUAACAGGAUCACCUCCCACUCCUGUAACUUCCACUAGACCUCCUGAAACUACUACGGUCCAUACUCAUUCUGAAACUCCACCCCUGGUAACUUCCACUAGACCUCCUGAAACUACUACAGUCCAUACUCCAUCUGAAACUACACCCCCAGUAACUUCCACUAGACCUCCUCAAACUACUACAGUCCAUACUCCAUCUGAAGCUACAACUACUACUGUAAGCCACACUCCUCAAACUACUACAGUCCAUACUCCAUCUGAAACUACACCCACUCCUGAAACUACUACAGUCCAUACUCAUUCUGAAACUACACCCACUCCUGAAACUACUACAGUCCAUACUCAUUCUGAAACUACACCCACUCCUGAAGCUACUACAGUCCAUACUCAUUCUGAAACUCCACCCACUCCUGAAACUACUACAGUCCAUACUCAUUCUGAAACUCCACCCACUCCUGAAACUACUACAGUCCAUACUCAUUCUGAAACUCCACCCACUCCUGAAACUACUACAGUCCAUACUCAUUCUGAAACUACACCCACUCCUGUAAGCCACACUGAAAGUACUACAAUCCCAGCACCAUCAACAACAUUUACAACUAUGCCAGACUGUCAGUAUCCAUUAAAUGAAUAUGAAGAAUACAGAUUUGUAAAUGGUGAAAAUGGCAUACCAAAUACUUACCUUGGCGCUCAGGAUCCAUGGAUUGGCAGUACAGAUGAUUACCCCCAAAUUAUUGUUGGAUGGUCUUCACCUGGUGUGUACAUUUCAAAGAUGGCUGUUCAGGGUAAUGGACCAUUCGUUCCAACCUCAUUCACUCUGGAGUUGGAGUCCGAAGAAGGAUCUGGUUUUGUACUUUUAAAUCAAGACUUUGAAAUACCAAUGGACAGUGGCGAUGAGAUUGUAAAUUUUGAUAUCGCGCUUGCCAACCAAGGAAUGUCUGUAACCAACCGGAAAUUCAAACCUGCAGCCUCUCGCUAUAGUGAGUGUCACAGAUGGUAUAGGUGCAAUCCUAAAGAUGUGUAUAAGAGACAGCGAAUAUACAACUUAACAUUUGUGAUAACGUAUGGAGAGAGUGUGCGUGUAAGCGAAUGUGGAUUUGCAACUUGUACACCAGAGACCACAUCACUUGCUGACCAGCGGGCAAUCAAUGAGUGCCAUGUGACACACUGCGAAGAGGGCUAUCAACUAGUUGAGCCUGUAGGUCAAUGCUGUCACUGCGAACCAGUGUGCCAGGGAGGUCAGUAUUAUGAUGAAGUUUGUGCCUGCCGACGAACUUGUUCUGACAGGGAUCCAGACUGUAGUGAUGAAGAGCGUUGCUCCCCUGGGUGUGUUUGUCCGGAAGAUCGUUACUUCGAUGGUAUUGAAUGCGUGGAGACAUGUCCAUGUGAACACCCAGAAGGCGUUACACUUGAAAAUGGUGUUAGCAAAUGGAGACAACCUGGUAGGCCUUGGGUAGAAUGCAAAUGGACUGAUCAUGAUAACUGUGAUUCCACUUGUUAUGAAAUUUGUGACUUACAGCCAACCGACUGCCAAGAAGGGUAUGAGUUGGUCAACUUGGAUAGCACUGAUUUCAUUGAAUGUACUUGUGAGCCAAUUGAUCGCUGCCAAGAUGAUGAUGGAAAUUUCUAUGCUGUUAAUGAUGAGUGGCGAGUGGAUGUGUGUGAAAGCUGUCUGUGUCAUUCCAUGAACGAUAUUCGGUGUACUAUUAGCCUGUGUCAAAGUGAUAUGCUAUGCCCAGUAGGUAUGGCUCCACACACACCUACAGGAGAGUGUUGUCCACGCUGUAUGCCUGAGCCAGCAAGUACAGUCAGAACUACAACUGAGGAAUAUACAACAACCAGUCACCCUACACGUCCACCUACUACUGUCUCGCAUUCCACAUCGCCAACCACUCCUCAUUGUGCUCAUGAAUGUUCGGAUGGCUCUUGCUUGUAUCACCGUAAUCUUGUGUGCAACGGACGUUAUGAAUGUGCCGAUCACAGUGAUGAAGAGGAUUGCGAAACAACCCCAGGAUCAACGACAACCAUUCAUGUUACAACACCAGCACCACCUUGCGAUGAAUCUUGCAACUAUGUGGUAACUUGUUCCCAGCUUUCGGCAAUGACAGUGGGUGCGCCAUGGUCACUUUUACUUACGGAUGUCAACAACGCUCUUUGCAAUCCUCUAUUUACGAAUCAUCAAUGUUCCUGUCCAGCUGGCUAUGAACGGGAUGUCAGAAGCAACAGUGGCUUCCUUGAUCUAUUCCGACCAUAUAAUUAUGGGGAUACUGGACUGUGUGUAAGACGUGAACGUUUAAGCUGUGGAAAUCGCUGUAUUGUUAACGAAGAUUUGGUUUUGAAUUUGGGAGGUACAUUUGACCGCAACGGAUGUGAAGUAUGCGAAUGUGUCGAUAUGGAUGGAAGCGCAGAGAUUGAAUGUCACUUCAGUUGUAAUGUUGCACCUGAAUCUUGCACCAACCAAGGACUUGUACUACACCAACCAGAGAAUGGCUGUUGUGAGUGUGUGAAUCCACUUAGCACAGUUAACACUGUUACACCUCCAGCCAUUUGUGAUGAUGUAUGUAUAUAUGAUGCCGGUUGCGAUGUUCUCUUCCACAAUUUUGACGAGACGUUGAGUCCAGUUAGCGAAGAUGAAACCGCCUCGUGUAUAGCACAUCGUGUCAGCACAUCAUGCGAUUGUCCAGUCGGAACAGUGUUUGAUAAUUUACCACAGAGCGUCGACUCAUCCAGUUACUGGGGAAGUCAGUUGUGUGUGCGUCCUACAAGCUCCUGUGUGUCUCUGUGUGAAUUUGGCGGCCAAGUUUAUGGAGUUGAUGAUGAAUUCAUCUUAGCCUGUGAGACGUGUACAUGUACAGAAAUGACUAGCACAGAUAACACUCUAACUGCUGAUUGGGAUUGUGUUCCAAUGCCAGAUUGCCACCCCACCACAACUGUGAUGACCACAACUGUUGCUUCUACAACUGUUGGGUAUUGUGAGGCAAAUACUGUUAGAGAGUUUGCAGAGACCUGCAAUACUUGUGAGUGCAAUGUACUUACUGGUGAAUUUGACAGCAACUGCCAGAGCUACUGUAGGGAAACCUGUCAAGAGGGUUUCAGGUUGAUUGAUGACGAUAACAUAUGUUGCCAUUGUGAACCAUCACCAACUACUCCCACUCCUCCUACUACUACUUUUGUAACACCAACUGAAUUCACUGGAUCUACACCAAGUGUACCUCCAACCCCAGAACAUUCAACAACUACAACCUUCCCAACAACAACACGUCCACGCUGUCCCCAGCAUUGUUAUUGUACAGUUGGAUGUGGGCAGGCAGAAGUCUGUGAGCGAUUGGAUGGUUGCGAUGAUUCGUGUGAAUGUGUAGAUGCUGAUUCUACUACUGAUGUGGGUCGAUGUCUCGUCGUCAUUAGUGAUUGCCCAACUACGACACAGAUUGUGACUACCACAACACUACCAGUAACAACAGAGCGUACAACCCAUCAUUCCUUCCCAACGACUGGUUUAACAACUGAAAUUCAAGUCUGUGGUGACCAGUGCACUCAAGAGGUUAACUGUAACGGUUUAAGUAACUUUGUGGAGGGCAGCCAACUCUUUGAAUCGACUUUGAGCUGUGACAGUUGCAUCUGUCCAAGUGGCUACGUCAAAGAUGAUGUAGGAAGCACUGUACUAAGAGAAAGCUAUGGAAUCGAGUUUGCUCCUGGUUCUGGCUAUUGUGUGAAUCUAGGACCAUGUCCUCCACCACACUGCUAUGCUAAUGGCCUUUCAUUUGCGGAUGACGACGUCUAUGCUAUCUCAGACUGCCAGACUUGUACUUGUCGAGCACAAAAUGGCACAAGUGACUGGGUUGAAUGCGAGACUACUUGUAAUGUAGAGCAAGAAGAAUGUGUAGAGCGUGGAAUGGUGUUGAGAGUCGAAACAGAUGGGUGCUGUCAUUGUGUUGAUACAGCUACAACUGCCAGAUCUACUACAGCAGUACCGCCUUGCGAACAUUGUAGCUAUGUGAUGAAUUGUGAACAGUAUCGCGCCCUUGAUAGUCUUGAUGCUUCACCUGUAUCAUCGUCUGAGCAGGUGGCUUGUCUUGCUGAGAAGAACUUGGGUGAAUGUGGUUGCCCAUACGGCUUUGCAGAAGAUGAAAAAUGGGGCACUGAUAUGUGCUUCUCAUACCCAGCAGAAGACUCUUGCCGAACGCAGUGUGAAUAUGAGGGUACAGUGUACGUGGCUGGUGAUACACUAGAAGUUGAUUGCUACGAUUACGUGUGCCAAGUUGAAAGUGAAUUUGUGAACGCCUGGGAUAUUUCAUCAGCAAGAUGCAUCACUGUCCCUCCUGUUGUUACCACAGCUGAAGUGACCACUACAGCAACUGUUACUGUAACUGAAUAUGUGUGCAGUACUGUGUGCAACUGUGAGGCAACAUGCCUUGAUAUUGCAACUGGAGCUGGAGCGGAUAGUCCAUGUGAAGUCUCCCCUAUGUGCUUAAACUGUCUGUGUGAAGAGGGAUAUUACCGUGACGAUAUCUUUGACUCCAAUAUGUGUCUGCCUCAACUAGACUGUCAGUGUCAGUACAAUGGCAGGCAAUAUGAGGAGGGAGAAACAUUCUGGAUGAGUGACUGUGAGGAGUGUACAUGCUCAAAUGGUGAGACAGUCUGCACAGCUGGCUGUCGACUUACAGAUCAAUCAUGUGAAAUGCAAGGAAUGGUCUUAGCAAAUCAAGAACAAUCAUGCUGUGAGUGUGUAUCCCUCGCCACAACAUCUAGCACUGUGACCACAGCAACUACUACGCCAACAGAAACAACGACAGUUACUACAACAGUGGUUACAACAACAUCACCGACACCAACACAUAUUCAUACUACAACUCCCUCAACCACAGUUACAACUACUACACCAAAUCCCACAACCACAGUUACUACAACCGUUACUACAACAGAGAGUAUCAUUGUGGAAACGACGACUGUGGAAACGACAACAACUGUACCAACAACCGAGGUGCCAACAACCGAGGCACCAAUGACUGAGGCUCCAACAACCGAGGCACCAACGACCGAGACGCCAACGACCGAGGCACCAAUGACAGAGGCUCCAACAACCGAGCCUCCAACGACGGAGGUGCCAACGACCGAGGCUCCAACGACCGAGGCACCAGCAACAGAGGCUCCAACGACCGAGGCACCAACAACAGAGGCUCCAACGACCGAGGCACCAACAACCGAGACUAUCACUACAACCAGGUCUACCACUACUGAGGGUACUACAUCAAUUGAAACAACCACCAUUUCAACCACACGUCUUACCACUGAGGAGGUCUGUGACCGUAAUUUGGAUGAUCAGGAAGAAGUUCGAUACAGUUCUGAUGCUAUUAGCGGAGAUACGCUGCUGAAUAGUGUGAACACUUUCCAUCCUGUUAACCCAGAAGAUGUAUAUGCCAGUGUCUCAUUUUUGGUACCAGUGAUGGUUUCUGGCAUUCGUUUCCGUGGAAGUACCGACAAUGCUGCCUCAGAUGUUUCGAUUUCCUAUGACGACAGAAGUGUUGGGAAUUUUGAUGUCUUGAAUGAAGAGGACCCAAGUAGCAUAAAAGUGAUUGAAUUUGAAAACCCAGUUGGACCUCUUGAAGAGAUAAGGAUAGAUGUAAUAGACUAUAUUGGAGAAUAUCCAAGUCUUCAGUUUGAUAUACUUGGUUGUGCAGCACAAGUAUCGACGGAAACAACAACCAUGAUAAUUACUACAGAGUCAACUCCAGCCGAAACAACAGUAGUGUCUACUACAAUAACCACAACAACACAGACACCAUCCGAGACCACUGUGCAUUCAACCACAAUUACGCCAACAGAAACGACCACUACAAUGUCCACCACCACGGAGGGAACUACUACUUCUACAGAGACAACUACAACUUCCACAGGAGUAACUCAUGUCGAGACUACAACAACACCAAUAAUUGUCACAACACGUUCAACCUCGACAUCGACAACUGAAAGUACCCCUGUCACGCCACAAGAAUGCCUUUACAAUGGUUUGAUCUACAAUAUUGGGGAGGAAAUUCCAUCCGAAAGUGCAUGUGAAGAAAUUUCCUGUACAGAUGAAGGUGUGACAACUGUAACUGCUAGUUGUGAUAUAUCUUGUGAUGAGGGCACUCUGCGAUACAUUGAUGGAGAAUGCUGUCCCAUAUGUGAGCCAUCAGAAAUUUGCAGAGUGGUGUCCGAUCAGAUUGAUGGUCUAGUCGUCGAUGGAUGCGAAGCCCAGAUUCCAAUUCGUCACACAAUGUGUCAAGGACGCUGUAAUUCCCGAGCUAACACCACCCUUGAUAUGCCGUACAUGGAUGUCGCCUGUGAAUGUUGCAAGCCAACAAGCACAACCACCAGCACGGUACCACUCAUGUGCGAAAACGGUGACACACGUGAUUAUCAAUACCUUGUCAUUGAGGCUUGCAGCUGCGACGCUUGUGAAUAUGAAGUAGAGACACCGCAGCUUGGCAACUCUGUUGGCUUCGUCGGGGGUGGCGAUGCUAAUGGGCAGUAGAUAGAUAGCAUUUUUGAGGGCAAUAUAAUACCAUGCCCACAAUAAAAUGUGAGACUAAAUAUUGGUCUCAUACGAAGCUACAUCAAGAUAGUAUAGUUUUAAUUAUCGAUAUGACCCUGGAACGUCUUUAACAAAGAUUCUCUGCAGCUGUUAUUCAAAUUUUAAGUUUAUUUAGCAUAUAAAAAUGGUUAAUUGUGUAUGAUUUCAACCAAAAAAUACUGAUAUCUGAGAUUUUAAGAAUAUUAAAUAAAUAAUUUUAAUUUAGGCUUGCUAAUGUGAUAUAAAUUGUGAAGAAAUUGGCCUACAUUUGAAAGAGAUGCUUGAAGAAAGUGCACAACAGCAAAAGAAAUGUUUUAUAUAUUUAAAUUAUAUACAAUCAUGUAAAGAUGUACAAACAAAUGUGAAUAGAAAUAUAUCAAUAAUUGUGUAAUUGAAUCUAGAAUGCAUUCACCUGAAAUAUGUGUUAAGCAUAUAUAAUAUGUUAUCACUAGGUUUUUGUCAUUACAUCUUGUAUUAUACACAGUUAAAGCCAACAUGACUCACUUAGCAGCUAGUAGGUGUAUGUCAAUUGUAAACAAUUUCCAUAUUUAUGUAUUUUUCCAUUUCAUUCUUUAGGUAGGGGUGGUGGGUAAGUCGAACAUUAAACAUUCUUUUAAUUACUGAUAAGCAGCUGCAUUAAAGUUAUCCUUUUGGCAAUAUGAA